AUGGACGCCACUGCGUCGUCCUCGCCUGGUGAGGACCCCGUCCAGAAGUUCAAGAAACUCCCCUUGGCAGAGCGCGUUUUACACAAACACUGGAAGGUCCGAGAGGCUGCCUGUCGCGAACUCACCGAUAAGUUCUCUGCUGCGAGCGAAGACGCUAAGAUAUAUGCUGACUUCUUUCCCGCCCUGGGAAAGAUCGUGCGCGACUCCAAUGCGCCAGCUCAACUUGUUGGCUUUGAUGCGCUUUCGAAAUUCGCUGAUACCGCACCACCAAAUCUUGUCAGAAAGGCGGCGGGCGAUGUCGUUAAGGGCAUUGCGGAGAAGGGUUUGGCUGGCAGAUUACAAAACAAAAUGAAUGCUGUCGAAACUUUUUUAACCUUUGUUGGAGCUGAUGCUGGUGAUGUUGCAGUAGCAGCAAUGGCGACUGCUGGCUUUUCGCAUCGCACGCCAAAGGUGGUUGCCGCGGCUAUCGACGCAGUCUCUAAAGCUCUCAAUGCGUUUGGAAAGAGGUAUGUACCUCUUAAAGUUGUUGCGGAGAAGCUACCUCCCCUUUUUGGACACUCGCAAGAAAUCGUGCGAAAUGCUGCGAAAGGCCUCGCAAUUGAAAUGCAUCGAUGGGUAGGUGAUGAUGCAAAGGUGGUGACUAAAGGCGCAAAGGAAGUCACAUUGAAGGAACUUGACGCCGCGUUUGCUAAGCACGCAGGCCAAGGCAAGCCUGAACCCACUCGUCUUACUCGAUCAAUGCGGAAACGAGUCAGAGAGGGCGAUGGCGAUGUUGACGACGGUGACGAAGACGACGGUUUUGGACUUGGCGAGCCGGAGAGUGAAGAGCCAGAAGCCGAACUUGAAAUUAAUCUCAUCGAAAAGCUCGCCAAAGUCAAGGUUUUGAUUGAAGAAGGGGUCACAAAGGACUGGUAUACUGCUGUAGAUUCGAAGAAGUGGAAAGCUCGCAAGACUGCGAUGGAUGAGGCUGUCGAAAUUGUAGGGCAGGCUAAGCUAACCCCAGUCAACCACCAGGAUGUUUUAACGCGGUUGCGGAAGAUUAUCGCAAAGGAUACGAACGUCAACGUUGUGGCCUCAGCUGCGAAUUUGUUGCAAGCAAUGUGCAACGGGCUACGGAAAAACUUUCCGGCGGGCGCGGCGAAGGCUCUUACUGUAGACUUGUUUGGGCGCCUCAAGGAAAAGAAUCGUAUUAUGGUCGAUUCUGUUACUAAAGCUCUUGAUGCGCUGCAUUUGAAAAAAUGUAUUCGAAUAGUGGAACUGCAAGAGGAAAUAGCCGCCGUGGCCUCACACAAAACCCCGAAGGCUCGGUGUGAGGCACUUCUGUGGUUGGGGCGCAGUCUUCGGCAAGGGACAGCUGGCGCAGAUCUCAAAGGGGCACCCCUCAAGUCUUUUGGAGGCCUUUUCGUGAAAGGGACAGAAGACUCGUCACCGGAAGUUAGAGAUGCAGCACUUGGAGGGCUCGCAUCACUCCAGAAACUUGUCGGGGAGAAAAAUAUGGCCGUUUACCUAGAAAAACUGGACAAGAAGCGCAAAGACAAAGUUGCAGCAAUCGCUACCGAGCUACCGGACGUGAGAAAGGUCGUGUCGAGUGAACCAAAGAAACAAGCGAGAGCGAAAGGGAGCACCUCGGCCUCAGUAUCGCAGGUGCUACCAGCAACGAGAGCUGUGAAGCAAAAGCACAUUGCGUCGAGCACAUCAGCCACAUCUCCAAAGAAAAGGCCAUCCCCCUCAAGAGGAGCCGUGCCGCCCAAGCAACCAGAGCCUACACCAUACGAGAGCGAUGAUGAGGGAGAGAUAUUGCAGAGCCCAGAAAGCGCUCUUGACUUGGCUGUCGAAAGGUUCGAAGAGUUUGAAAAGGCGAAUUGGAGUAGUAAGAGCUUCAAAGCAAGAGUAGCAUGCAUGGCAAUGGUGAAUGGCAGUCUCUUUGGGAAGGACUCUUUCACGGAAGAAGAUGUUUUUUUCGCAUUAGGGCUUCUGUCCUGCGCUCCUGGCCUUGGGGAUACUAAUUUUAUGGCACUGAAGCCCAAACUGGAGCUAUUCGGGAUGGUCGCAACUAGAUGCCCAAUACCACUUCCGCGGAAGACCUUGAGACCUCUAUUAUUGCAAACAGCCGAGAAAUUUGGCGAUAUUAAAUCGUCAAAGGUGGUUGGCGAGAUAAUGAUGUCCUACGCGGAGGUGACGAGCCCGCGUUAUUUGUGCGAGAUUCUUGCACAAACUGUCACGGAAACUAAGAACAACAGGGCUGUGAUUGCGAUUUUAAAGUUUUUGGGUCGUUUGGUGGAAGACUUUGGCAUUCCAGUGGUACCAGAACAGACAGUGGCAACUGUCACUGCGGCAACUCUAGGUAAUGCCGCGCCAGCCGCACGCAACGCUGCUCUGACCCUUGCUUGUAGGACGUCAAUACGGAUGAAACCAGAAGCGUUCCGAAAGAAGUUGUUGGAUCACGACACAACCGAGGAGUGUCUUGAAUUGUUUGACGUAGAGCUGCAAAAGUACGGCCAAGAGCCAGAUCCCCCCACCCGAAAGAAGAAGUUCGGAAACAACGAUGUACAAAGCAAAAGCAGUGGAGAUUUGGAAGUAAUUGCCACUAGCCCUCCGCGGACGAAGGGAGACGUUUUACCAGAGGAAGCUGCGAGAACCCUCGAAUCGUCGGCCGCGGCGGUACCCACUCCUGAACCAGCCCCCCCACAGGAGCGGGUUUCUCUCUCUGAAGAGUUUGCUCCAGGAUCGCGUCUUUUCCUAGACUUGAAGAACUCCAAUUGGAAGAAGCGGCAGGAUGCGUUAGCUGCAGUUGAUAGGAUCAUUAACUCCGGAAAUGAUUUUAUCAAGCCAGACAUAGGGAUGGAGAUAAUCAACGCUUUACGGGCGCGCCUAAGCGACAGCAAUAGGAACCUAGCUGUUGCUGCAUACAAUGUACUGGGCCGCUUGGUUUUGGCAAUGGGAACCCCCGGUGUUGUGCACUUCAAAGUUUUUGCCCCAACGGUUCUGAGCCAAGGAUGCGUUGACAUUAAGAGAGGUAUUCGUGACGCCGCCACGAAAGUUGUGCGGAAUUGGUUUGAAUUGUUCGGCCUUGAGGCACUGGUACCCUAUUGUCAUUUACCCUUGGCUUCCCUGAACUCCGCGUUCCGCAAGGAAUUUCUGGAAUGGCUCAUACCUUGUCUGCAAGGAGAAAUAGGAUCAUUCGAUGCCGGCAGGGAGGAUUUAUCUCCACUCAUUGACUCAUGCUUCGCAUGUCUGCGAGACCGUACUACUGAAGUGCGGCAUUUGGCGGACCUCAUGUUGGAGCAAGUUGUAAGGAGUGUUGGGAUCGGAGCAAUUGACAUGAAGUUGCUAUCCAUGACAAAAGCGGCACGAAAUCAAAUUGAUCCUGUCCUAGAGAAGUAUCGAGCUUCAGCUCCGAAAGCAGCGGGAACGUCAGCACCUCCUCCGGAGCGAUCAGGGAUUCCCGUUACGCCGAGAUCUGCUCGCGAACGACCUCGUUCCAUGGCCUUACCUCGCACCCCAGCAAGCAGAAGGGGAGGGCCAUUUGCUGCAGAUUUCUCAACUCCAGCAGGGACUCCUUCAAGGCGAAAACGACCUGCUAGUGCACGUGCUUCCCCGGUAGUACCCCCAUUCAGAGAGUUGGAACAACAAGAAAGGGACGAGACUCCAGUUAUUGUUCAAAACGAUGGGCGAGACGUUCGAGCUCAACGUUUUCUCAAGAAGAGACGUCGUUUUAUUCAGGAACUAAACGAAGCUGAUCCAUCGGGUGACAUACAACCUCUCAUAAGUGAAGAUGUCGAGGACUUAAUGGAAGACCUCACCGAGUGCUGUUCUCCGUAUUUGUGCACCAAACUCACUGCUCCAUCAAAUCGGUUCCGGAUGCAUGUCGAAGCGAUCGAGGUCGUGUCUUCUUAUCUUGACGUUCAUCCAGAAUCGUUGUUGUAUGCUGCCGAUGUUCUUUUGCGAUGGUCUGCAUGCAGGAUAGAAGAUUCCCGUACACCUCCAACCGUUCUUGUCAAACUGGCUGUCUUUGUCUCAAACAUCUGUGAGGUCCUAAUGUCUUCUGGAACGACUAUCGGGGAAUACGAGGCCUGCGCUAUACUUCCACCAAUUGUCGACAAGUGCGGAAGCAAUCGAGAAUCAAUUCGCGUAGCUAUGAGGAGUUGUCUGUUGUCCAUCGGCGAUGUGGUUAGUGAUGAAGUAUUUCUUGUCCUUCUAACAUCCUGCUUACGCUACCCAGUUAGUCCCAGAGCACAUAAUGCAGUUGGAAAUGAGAUUUGCCGACUAAUAGAAAAACGAUGCACCUCAGGUGCUGGUAUGCCAGCGGGAGUACUUCCUACUAUCGGAAAGGUUGCCGGGAGCGAAGACGAGGGGGCAGGAAGGGCAGCGGCUGUCUGCUUGGAUCGUGCACAUGAAUUUUUCGGAGACGACCUUUGGGAACUAGUCGGAGGGCUGACAGAAACUGAAGCCGGGCUGCUGGAGGGGAGGCUGAAAGCUGUUCCAGGCGGCUCGAAAGAAGAAGUGCAGGCUCCGAAAGCAGGUGAAAUAUCUAGAGUUGCAGAUGAACCUACGGAUGGCGUAUCUCACGCCCAGAAGAAUGUGGUGCAGCGACCCAUGUCGAUUGUUCCAAGCGACAUUCGUAGUGAAGACUUCAGACUGUCAGUUGCCCCUGCGCCUCCGAAUAGUGUAAUAACCUCUAUUAGCGACUCACUUAACACAGCCACACCAAGGAAGACGUGUAAUCAAAGCGCGGAUUCGGUGCCAGCAACUCCAGGGCUUCCUAUGAAGCAACGUCGUAUUGUGCAAGACUCUGAGAAAGAGAAUCUAGUGGCUGACAUCCUCGCUCGUUUGCAAAGUCAUGAUCGCGACUUGCAGCUAUCUGGUCUGGCAUCAAUUUUUGAUGACCUGAGGCGCGAAGGAAAUUUAUUAACGUACACAGGUAGCUCGGCCUUGCUCCUUCAGUUGGUCAAGUGUUUCACAGAGACUCUGGGUCGACUCGAAAAUGGUGCAGCCGAGGAAGACGACCCGGCUGUUCUGAAGUCGUUUUUGAAGGGUGUCAUCAGGUUCGCGCGAGAGCCUGAACUUCUCCGCAAACUCGACCAGUCUUCCGUGGAGAGCUUGCUUGCUGAUGCACUCAAUGCUAUGCUUCCACAAGCUGUUGUCGGCGUAGAAGACUGGGAUCAAGUGAGGCGAGGGGUUAAUUUAAUGAUUGUCAAAGUGCUGGAGUCAUGUAAUCAGAAUUUGCUAUACACUGCCAUGAUUAACCUUCUACUCGAGAACAUCAAGGAAAUGCAGCAGCACUCGGGGUCUGCACGGAUGUCACCUUCAUUGGCAAAGUCGUCCAUAUGUAUCAAGUCGAUCGCGAAAGUAUCGAAGCGGGGGUUCGCAGAUUGUAGGAUGGACGCGCUACUCAGAGAUAUUCAUCUAUUUUUAGUUGCAAAUCCUGUGCGCCGAGAUGGAAAACCAUCCGCGGAAGACCAAACCUUUGCGAUGCGGUUGUUGAAGACGGUUGUGAAUGCGAUAAUUGACGAAAUGGGAAAGGAUAUUCGUUCCCAUCUCAGUUUAAUUCCCCAUGCGGAAGGUUCACAGUUGGUUCACUACAUUGAUAUGACUCUAGGUGGCCGGGAUGAAUCUUUAGAAAGCAGUGAAGCUGCACAGCAACUUGGGUCGCUGGGUGAUCGAAAGGACAGCGGAGCUGUGAUCACAUGGUGUCUUUCGAACAUCGACAAGGGUAUGAGGUCAGAUUCAGUUCUACGGCAAUUACAAAAUGAGCUUGAAGGAAGCGGUGUUAUUGCGUUGGAUGCGCACUUGGCACAGUACGAUCAAGACAUGCAGGUCUUUGUCAGGAACGGAUUGGAUAGAUUGAGUCGCGAGGAGUCUCAAAGGGACAUUGUAAGUAGACCCGACGGAGGAACAUCGCAACAAGCCUUUGGCAACGGCUACAGGGAUGCUUCGGUUCCAAUUCGUCGCUCCAUUCCGGGGGCGAUGGAAGACAUGGAAAUGCCGUCCGCUGGUGACAUUUCAGGGCAUAGCGCUGGGCAGGUAUAUCUUAAACGGCUCCAGGAAAUACAGUUACGUUACGGUCUGCAAACAGGAGAUCGUACUCAGAUGGAUGGUGUUGCAGGAACGGAAAAGGAAAACGGAACUGUGGAGAGAGUACUGUCUGCGGAAGACACAAGGGACAAGGCAUCGACGUUGCGGGAACGUAUGGCGCGGAUACGGCAGUUGCAAAGUUCUUCCAAAGACUGA